ACGAGACUUUACCUUAUCUGGGAAAUGUCGCGAGAUAGUGCGAGCAUUGGUGCGUUUUAGAAAACAUGGCGGACAGGCUAACACAACUGCAAGACGCCGUCAAUUCGCUUGCAGAUCAAUUUUGUAACGCCAUCGGUGUUCUACAACAAUGUGCACCUCCUGCCUCAUUCAGUAACAUCCAGACUGCCAUCAAUAAGGACCAGCCUGCAAAUCCAACUGAAGAAUAUGCCCAGCUCUUUGCUGCCCUGAUAGCCAGAACAGCCAAAGAUGUGGAUGUCCUAAUCGACUCUCUGCCCAGUGAGGAGUCCACUGCUGCCGUACAGGCGGCCAGUUUACGGCAGCUGGAAGAGGAGAACCACGAAGCAGCAGCUCGUCUGGAGGAGGUAGUUUACCGUGGAGAUAUGUUACUGGAGAAGAUCCAGAGCGCCCUGGCUGACAUUGCCCAGUCUCAGCUCCGCACUCGCAAUGGAGCACCCAGCCAGCCUUCACCAGCUGAGUCCUGACAUCACUGGACAAUUCUUCAUUUCGUUCUCAUACUGACUCUUUUUGGCAACUGUCAGCUUCCAGCAGCAAGACUUAAAACUGUCAAAUACGUACCAAACAUGUUUAGGGCUUUUUGCUGUUUACUGGUUUAUCCUUAUACAUAAGCCGGAUAUGAAGUUAAACAUGCAGAAAACAUGUUUGUGAGCCAAAAAAAAAGAUUCAUAACAUGUACACAAAAACAGUUACAGAAUCCUGUUUUCUUAGCUCAGAAAGAUUUACAACCAGUCAAAUGUGCUGAAUUAAAAGCCCACUGAAUAAUACUACAGGAAGACCUCUUUGCAUGCACCUUGCCAUACUUUUUUCAAAAGAUAUUUUUCAUGAUCCGGAAAGCCAAGAUUAUUGUAUAUUUUUUUGUCUGACAGUGAAUGAUCACACUGUCAGGGUUUGUAUGUUUUAUGUAAAUAUGCUGAAGAGAUGUGGUGAUGAAGAUAUUUAUGAAUGAGUGACAUUUUUGUCUCUGUCUUUCUUCACUUGAAAACUUUAUAACACCUUUCAGACUGUACUACUAUAAACCACACACCCAGAUCCACAUCUGGUGACACUCUUUUUAAAAAAAUAAAGUUGGAAUUAA